AUGGUGAACGGUGUGAAGUAUGAAGUGGCCUCCCAGCACACAGGGGAUGCCUCCCCUUUGGCGGAGGAGGCCCACCCAGGAUCCGAGCAGGUGACACUGAAGAAGGAGAUCUCGCUGCUGAACGGCGUGAGCCUGAUUGUGGGGAACAUGAUCGGCUCGGGCAUCUUUGUGUCCCCUAAGGGCGUGCUCAUGUAUAGUACCUCCUUUGGCCUCUCCCUGGUCAUCUGGGCCGUUGGGGGCAUCUUCUCUGUCUUUGGGGCCCUCUGCUACGCGGAACUGGGCACCACCAUUAAGAAGUCUGGGGCCAGCUAUGCCUACAUCCUCGAGGCCUUCGGGGGACUCCCUGCCUUCAUCCGACUCUGGACCUCCCUCCUCAUCAUCGAGCCCACCAGCCAGGCCAUCAUCGCCAUCACCUUUGCCAACUACAUGGUGCAGCCCUUCUUCCCCAGCUGCUUUGCCCCCUAUGCUGCUGGCCGCCUGCUGGCAGCUGCCUGCAUCUGCCUCUUAACCUUCAUUAACUGUGCCUAUGUCAAGUGGGGAACAUUGGUACAAGAUAUUUUCACCUAUGCUAAAGUACUGGCUCUGAUCGGUGUCAUCAUCGCCGGCAUCGUUAAACUUGGCCAAGGAGCCACGAAUCACUUUGAGAAUUCCUUUGAGGGGUCAUCAUUUGCAAUGGGUAACAUUGCCCUAGCGCUGUACUCAGCUCUGUUCUCCUACUCGGGCUGGGACACCCUCAACUAUGUCACCGAAGAGCUCAAGAAUCCUGAGAGGAAUUUGCCUCUCUCCAUUGGCAUUUCUAUGCCCAUUGUCACCAUCAUCUACAUCUUGACCAAUGUGGCCUAUUACACCGUGCUAGACAUGAAGGACAUCCUGGCCAGUGAUGCUGUUGCUGUGACUUUUGCAGACCAGAUUUUUGGAAUAUUCAACUGGACAAUUCCACUAGCAGUUGCAUUAUCCUGCUUUGGUGGCCUCAAUGCUUCCAUUGUGGCUGCUUCUAGGCUUUUCUUUGUGGGCUCACGAGAAGGUCAUCUCCCUGAUGCUAUCUGCAUGAUUCAUGUCCAUCGGUUCACCCCAGUGCCUGCGCUACUUUUCAAUGGACUCAUGGCAUUGAUCUAUCUAUGCGUGGAGGACAUCUUCAAGCUCAUUAACUACUAUAGCUUCAGCUACUGGUUCUUUGUGGGGCUCUCAAUUGUGGGUCAGCUUUAUCUGCGCUGGAAGGAGCCUGAUCGACCUCGCUCCCUUAAGCUCAGCCUUUUCUUCCCCAUUGUCUUCUGCUGCUGUACCAUCUUCCUGGUGGUCAUUCCACUUUACAGCGACACCAUCAACUCCCUCAUUGGCAUUGGCAUUGCCCUCUCGGGCUUGCCCUUUUACUUCUUCAUCAUCAGAGUGCCAGAACAAAAACGACCUCAUUGCCUCCGAAGGAUUGUGGCAUCUACUACAAGGUACCUCCAGAUCCUAUGUAUGUCAGUAGCUGCAGAGAUGGAUUUGGAAGAUGGAGAGAUGCCCAAGUCUAAGUAA